CCUCUGAGACCUCUGCGCAGAGUCUGCCAGAUUCCAUCCCUCACAGAGAGAGAGACAGGUGUGUGGCAGUGUGAGACGGUCUCCAGUGUGACAGGAGACCAUGUCUGCCUCAGUUUCCAUUUGGUUGUUGGGGUUUUUGGUUUGGUUUGGUUUUUUAGUGUGGGGGUUUGACUGCAACUGAUCCUGUGCGUGUGUCUGUGGUGCUUGUGUCUGUGGAGACCAGAGGCAACAUCAGGUGUCUUCGCUUUUCGCCUCAUCUUUUGAGUGGCCAGAACGACCUAGGGGCCUGCCUGCCUUCUGCCUCCUGAGCACUGGGCGCACGCAUCUCAGACCUGGCUUUUUAUGUGGGUGCUGGGAAUCCAGGCUUGUGCUUCCAUGGCAAGUCCUUUACUGAGUCAUCUUCUUUUUAAAUGUCUUCUUUUGUUGGAGGUUCUAAAAGUCUGGUUUCCAAUAAGACGGAGCCACUGAAUGUUGGCAAGCAAGGAAGGAUCUGUACAAGCUGCCGGCACCUCUAGCUGUCCCAUCACUGGCCCUGGACUGCUGCCUCGGUUUGCUCUUCAGUGAAAUGGGAGCAUGCUGCCUUGAUUUGCUCUGCAGUGAAAUGGGAGCAUUAAAAGCAUGAAUUGAAGUCACGACAAAUAGAGCCUGUGUCUUGUCCUGGUCAGGAAGCUGCUCCGCCAAAUGUUCAUUUAUGAAUUCAACAGUGUUAGCAUUAUUUUUGUUUUGUUUUGUUUAGGUAUUUUGGUUUUUUGCUUUUUUAAAGAAUGAAUCGCACUGUGUAGUUCUGGACUGUCUACUCAGUAUGUAGACCAGGCCUCAAAGGUCUGUAUUACUGCGCCUGGCUAUAACUAAAUGUUUAUAUUGAGCUUGGUGUAUUUCUAUUUUACUGUGUAACUAGAAAGGGACUGGACCACAUUCUCUCCGUGUAGCCUCAACUUCAACCCUUAUUUCUUCUUGGGGUCAUUUCUACCUUGGCAGUUUCUUUUUGACGAUUAUCUCCAAGUGUCUGUGUAGCACAUUCAUGCAGUUAUUUAUAUAGACUUUUAAAUCUAAGUUGGUUCUCAUUUGUUGCCCUUCUCUGGACCUGUCAGUUCAGCUCCCCCUGUCCCUGCUGUCCAGCAUGGUUGGGGUGUUUUUAUUUGUUUUUAAAGAUUCAUGUGUGUGUGUGCGCGUUUGCCUGCAGACAUGUAUGUGCCCUGUGUAGAUUCAGUGCUAAGUGGGUCAGAAGAGGGUAUCGGACCCCCUGAGAUUAUAGCUAAAGACAGUCAUGGGCAAUCACCUAUGUGCUGCGAGCAAACCCAGAUCCACAAGAGCAGCAAAUGCUCUCAACCAUCGCUCCAGCCUCUACAUUUACUGUUGAAUCACUGUACCGUUAGCCACUGCCACUCUCCCAGUUUCAUGAAACUUUCAGUUUUCCUCGGAGCGAUUCCUAAUUUUGUCUUUUGGUUUUGUCUUGUUUUUUGUUGGUUUCAUUUGGACAGGGUCUCGUGCAUUCAAGGUUGGGUUUGAACUGGACAUGUGGUCAAGGAUGGCCUUGAACUUUGGAUCCUCCUGCCUCAGUCUCCACCAGCUGAGCUGUAUCCCUCAUAUGGAGACAGCCUUUAUUAUUAUUAUUAUUAUUAUUAUUAUUAUUAUUAUUAUUGUGUGUGUGAGAGAGAGGAUGUAUAUGAUGUACACACAUGAGCACAUGUACAUAUACAGAUGUCUGCCAUACAUGUCCCUGUGGCUUCUCUCAGUUUAAAACAUUUUUUCUUCAUUACUAUUGUGUUUGUGAGGGAGAGGAUAUAUAUAUGAUGUACACACAUGUACACAUACACAUGUGUGCCAUGCAUAUGUGCAGGACAUUAUGUGUGUGUGAGAGAGAGGAUGUAAGUGGUGUAUAUACAUGUACACAUUAUGCCAUGCAUAUGUACAGAACAUCCUUUAUUAAUUAUUGUGUGUGUGAGAGAUGAUGUAUAUGAUGUAUACACAUGAACACAUGUACAUGUACACAUGUGUGCUGUGCAUACAUGCAGGACAUCCUUUCAGAAUCCAUGCUUGCUUUCUACUGUUUAUGUCUUUUAUGGGAAUCAAACUCAGGUGUCCAGCCUUCUGCAGCAACCCACUGAGCCACCUCACCAGAAGUCUGUCAGCGUUUUUUGAGAAGUCCUGUCUCCCCUCAGUGCCUCCACCUCUUGGGCACUGUCAUUCACCUUGUGCAUGUUUCAGGACCUCUGAAUUCAACCUAGAAACGGUGCGACCUCCUCUGCUGGCUCUCUUGGUCCGACCCAUCUGCUUUUCCUUUCUUGGAAAGGAAAAACUUAUGGCUGAGAUAUAUUUCAGAGGCCCAAGAAGGAGGACGUGGGUGGCCAAAGUUUUAACUUCUUAAAAAGUUCUCUUGCUGUCACAGCACCUGUGGUGUCAGUAGGUGUAAAGUGUGUUUGUGGUGACCUCACAUUAGCAUCUGGCUUCUAGUGUGAUUCAGAAGCCAAAUAUUUAGACACGUGUGCGUGCAUGUGCAUUUGUGCAUGUGAGCAUGUGUGUGUGUGUGUGUGUGUGUGUGUGCCUCCCCAAGGAUUUUAGUAUCUUUUACUUGUCUGUGUGUUGUAUGUUCUCAAGUUUCCUGGUAAUGUCCCUUGAUGCAGGGGUUUAGGUCUAUCUUAAUAGGAGCUUUGAUGGUAGACACGUGUGCAUUUUGGAUGUGGGGAGCUUCAUGAUUAGGUUUUCUUGUAUGACUGACUUCUAGUCCACUCUCUUUUGGGGGGUUCCCCUCUGGUCAUUGUUUGGGCCUCCAGGACAGUCCUCCAGUCUUCCCUAUCUUUGUACCCAAAUGGUACUCGAGUCUUCUGUGAGAAUUUUGUCUUUUCUCCUGUUUAUUAAUUUGCUGGAUCUCCCUCCUGUCAGAGUGUCUUAGAGUCUGGGUUAGAGUCUUCUUGUUCUCCUGCCUGGGUGACUUGGCUUUGGAACUCCUUCGGGUCUGCACCGGUAGAUAGUGACAGAGAGCCGGGAGGACAUGUAUCCCGGCUGGAUGUGGCAGUUUUAAUGAAAAUGGCCCCGUAGAGGAUACCUUUGAAUGCUUGGUCCCCAUUUGGUGGAACUGUUUGGGAAGAAUUAGGAUGUAUGUCAUUGGGGACAGGCUUUAAGGAUUCGAAAGACUUGGUCCAUUCCCAAUGCAUAUGUACUCGUGCUCUCUCUCUCUCUCUCUCUCUCUCUCUGUGUGUGUGGGGAGAGAGAGAGAGAGAAAGUGAGAGAGAGAGAGAGAGAGAGAGAGAGAGAGCUCUCAGCUGUUCCACAGUGAUGUUGCUGCCAGUUGUCCCAUCUGACCUGGGUGCCUUUUCUUCCUGAAGGUUUUGUGUCUGGGAGAGGCCCCAUCUCUGACCUUCAUGUGUGUCAAGGUGUGCAUAGAGAGGCUCUGGUCCAUCUGAGUCCUUCAAGACAGACUUGAUAAAACUCAACCUUGAAGCUGCUGUUUGACUCUCUGCCUUAAGGCAGAAGGCAACAGGAAAAAAAGUGACUUUGAGCUGGGACCAUAAUUAAUCAUUUUGUAAAUAUGAGAUACCUGAUUAAGGUCACACCUGGUACAUGUUCAGCAUAGACUCUCUGGGAAGGACAGGGGGAGUCAGGAGUUGUGCUUGUGACCUGAAUCCCUUAUUUAAGUACUUCAGAGGGACUUACAGGGGUAAGUAGCCCACCAAGGGCUCAUCUCUGGGGCUCUAUUGGAGGAGGAGCUGGGUGAUAGGUGUGAGCUCUUUGGUUUUUCCUCUUUUGUCUUAGUUGGUUUUAAUGGGAAGCUGCUUUCUGGCUGCCAUGGUAUUGAAGUCAGUUCUAAAUUCCUCGGGACCAGCUUUCCACGGUGUACUCUCCUGUGUCACUUGCCAAAAAAAAAAAAAAAAAAAAAAACCUUUGUAGUCCUUGGCCACAUUUUAGGCCCCUUUGAAAUUAUAACAAGCUCUCAAUUCUAAUGGGGUUGUAGAUGUACAGCCUGUUGUGAGUCGCCUGUACUGUCCCAUUGUGAGCCCCUGUACUGUCCCUUUGGGGUUUCUGGAAGAAGGUGUUGGUAGUGGGAGGACAGGCUUCUGUACUGCCACAUACCAGGAGCCCUGGAUUUGUGUCCUUGUCCCCUCUCAGUGAUCAGCUUCAGCUGUUGAGCUCACUGUUGGUACUGUGCUGAUAGCAUGACCACCAGGUAUACUCUAGAAAUUUAAAGUGAGCCAGGCAUUGGCGGCACACCCCUAGGAUCCCAGCAAUUAGGAGGAUCAAAAUUUCAAGACUUGCAGGGAAUUGUGGGGGUGGGGGAGGCGGAGGUGGGUGGCACACGCCUUUCAUCCUAACACUCAAGAGGCAGAGGCAGGUGGACCUCAGUGAGUUCAAGGACAACCUGGUCUACAGAGCAAGUGUCAGGACAGCCAGGGCUACACAGAGAAAUCCUGUUUUGAAAAACAACAAAACAAAACAAAGCAAAAGUUCAAGGCUACCCUGCAUUACAUAGGAAGAAAGAAGAGAAGGAAACUUCAAAUAAAAAGUGUUUUUACUUCUCCAUCUUUAAAAUAUAACUUAGGAUUGGAGAGAUGGCUGAAUGGCUAAAAGUACAUAUUGUUCUUGCAGAGGACUCAGGUACAGUGGUCGGUACCAUGUGGUAUCUCACCUCAUCCAUUAACUUUGCUGUCUGGGAAUCGGAUGUCAUCUUUCCUCUUUGGGCACCAUGCAAAUACAUUGCAGAUGUAAUAUAUAAAAUAAGUCUUGUUUUUUUUUUAAAAAAAAUCCAUGACAUGUAUAACAUUAUUGAAUAGAAUCUAUUUCCUUUUUAUUUAUUAAUUUUUAUAGUGCAAGGACACAGACCUGGAGUUUUGGCAUACACCCUACUGCUGAAUUAUACCCCAGCUCUUUUUGCACUUAUUUAAUUUGAGACAGUUUUUUGCUAAGUUCCCUAGGCUGCCAUUGAGUUCUGAGUCCUCAUACUUCAACCCUCCCCGUAGCUGAGAUUACAAUCCUUUGCCACCAGGCAUGGCUGUACAAUUGUUUUCAAGCGCACACACACACACACACACACACACACACACACACGCACACAAUUAAUGUCAGUGUGGUCAUUGUUUUAUAUCUGCCUCAGUAGGAGAGAGCUGGGUCCUCUUUCCUGCCUCUGUGUUCAGCCUCUGUGUUUCAGUGCUGGUUUGGGUUGAAGCUGUGAGUGGAAGUAGUUACAAGAAGCAUCUCAGAAUAUUUUAAUCCUAGAUAAAUGAAGAUAUUCUUUGGUGUUUCUCUAAAACCUGCCUGUGGGUUGGUUCCUGCAAGGUAGUUCAGUGUGGAGGUGAUUUCUUGCCUUACUGUGGGGCCCAGGGCUCAAUCUUCCAUUUGAAUAGGCCUUGUUGGUCUGGGAAGGCGACACUCUCAGUGGGCCUCACCAAUUCCAGCCAUCCCACAGAGGGUUCUCGCUACCUUCACGAGAGGGUCCCUUCCAUCGUCAUGCUCGCUGGAGAAGUGGAUGUCACGGCUCCCUCACUGAACCUUAUCCAUCUCAGGGUCCCCAGACCUUGCUGGGCUUAACUAGUUGCUUCGGCCCAUCAUGUCCCCACACAUGCCUGGUCACAGAUGUGCCAGUCUGUGUCAGGGAUCUGCAGUUCUAUAGUCAACUGAGCUCUGGGGACUGUGGAUGAGCAGGGCAGUAAUGCCAUUCAGGGUCCUUUGUCUCUGGGCCUUCUCUCACCCAAGAUACCCAGUCCACUGGGCUAGGAGUCUCAACUCAAGUUAGGCCUUGAGGCAGGGACAGAGCAGCUAAGUACCGUGUCCAAGUCUGUGGCCUACGAACCUGCUGUAAUCACAGGCUGUGGUAUUGUAUCCCUUGGAAAAUAUAUGCUCUGGCAAAAUGACUCGGUAACAUUUUCAAAAUUUUCACAUACUCAUUUAAAGAGAACGAACGGAUGUAGAAUGCAGGUGCUGUCUGCCCCUUGGAGAUGUUGACACCGCACUGUACAGCUGUUCUACCUGGAGCCCUGCAAGGUGGCUCUAUUGCCGUCUGUUCUGGUGCUGUGUGUGCAUCUCAGAAUCCAGGCUCAGGCCUCUUACCCGCCAUCCCAUUGCCAGCCAGCCAGAGAGUCUGGCAUCAGCUCCCACGCUAGGAACCCAGAUAGCCUGCCACAGCACCUUGUAUCUCCCCAUUGCCAGAGCGCACGUGGUUAUGGUUUGGUUUGCUUGUUAUUUUAGCGUUUGAGAGAGUCUUUCUGUGUAGCCCAGGCUGGCCUAGAAUUCUGAAGUCUGCCCAGGGUUCCAGUGCUGUAUGUAUGGAUGUAUGCAUGCGUGUGUAUAUACAUAUAUAUUUAAAUAUAUUUAUAUAUAUUAUAUAUUUUAAAUCAUUUGUCAUCUGUCUAGCUUCUUAGAGCCAGCAUGCACAGUGAUUCUGUAUCGGGCACAUAGGGACAUCUACAGGUGCAGAGAGCAAGACCAGAUGGUAGGCAGGCUACUUACCUGGCUCCCUCCCUCCUUGGUGAUGUCAUUGUUUUGUGGGGUGGGCUCUCCAAACUCUGCCUGGCUGCCGUGGGGUGGCAGAGCAAAGGUUUCUUUCUUGCCUUGGCUUGUGUUAUGGUCCCUUUGUCAUUUAAGGGGCUGUUCUUUCCUCUCCACUGAAGGCAACUACAGUGUACUCAUAUCCAUAAAAAAUGAUAAAUAAAUCUUUUAAAAAGACAUUUAAAAUAAUUAAAACUAAGUCAGGAUUUCGAGUGCUAGUGUGAGUGCGCGUGCGUGCAGAACAGAAGACAACCUGAGCAGUAAUUCCUUUGCCAAAUAAGUUAGACUGAUUAUAAACGCAGGCCACCAAACCUGCUUGUGAUUGCUUUUUUGUGAAACAAAAAAUGAUUUCUAGAGAUCUACCUGAGAUUCUCAUGUUUACGAGGCCUGCGCUUUCCUGACCGAGCCAUCCGCCAGCCCAAGGAGUUUUUCUUUUCGUUGAUUUUUCACAUAUGAGUGCUUGCCCGCAUGUAUGCAUGCGGACCACACGUGUGCCUGGUGUCUUCAGAGCACAGAAGAGGGCAUCAGAUCCCAGAGAGUUGGAGUUACAGGAGGUUAAGGGCUGCCAUGUAGGUGCUGGGGACCCUCUCCAAGAUCAACAAGUGCUCUAAACCGCUGAGCCAUCAGUUUAGCACCCCCACCCCCCGUGAUCUUCUUAAAGUUGAAUUUGUUACAGUCCACACCUGUCAUCAAUGAAAGAUUUCUAGUUAAUUUGUGCUUGUGUUUGGGGUGGUGGUGGUCUGUGCAUGCGUGUGCGUGUGUUCGCCUUCCUAUGAAGAUCAGAGAACAAGUUUCAGGAAAUAGUUCAGUUAGUUCUCAUCUUCCAAGAUGUGUGGAUUCAGGAAUCAAAUUCAGGUCGUCGACUUGUGACCCACUGAGCUAUCACGCCUGCCUGUUAAUCAUUUUGCGUCAUUAGCUUCAUCACAUUUAUCUGGGAAGAGCUCCCUUCACAGUCAGUGUGCUUCAACGACGCGGGUUUUUCUUCUCUGUUUUCUGACAUGGUGAUAGCCCUUGCACUUGCCUGUCGCAGCCCAGAAUGAGCCUUGUCUCCUAGGCGCCUGGCUUUCCUCUGCUGGUGGUGAAAAAGAGCAUUUAGCAGCCCUCCCGAAUGUUACUCGCCGCUGGGCCCUAUCGAGCUGUGGGUUGGAGCUUAGCUUAGCUUUGGGCUUCCACUGCCUCUGCAUCCUGUUCUGGACCACAAUUCCCCAGCCCGGUUCUUUCAGCUCAGACAUUAGCCACUGUCUUGUCCACUCUGGUGCUCUGGCCCCAAAGGCAGACUGAGACAUUCUGGAAUUGCCCCACCACUGUGUACAGACCCGAGUUCAUUCACGGGGCUCUGACCUGGGGAUACUCCUCAAUGGGCUUGCCCACGAGGUGGUCUGCAUGAGAAAUCACACACACAUACAUUGUUAUGCCCUCUCUGUUAUGUAAAGUGUAGCCUAGUGUUUAUUCUUGUCUUGCCCUUUACUUUCUCUCAUCUAAUUAGGAACAUUUUAGUUGUAUUUAUUAAUUUGUGUAUAUGUUUACGGGGGUCGCAUGCCACACGUGCCUGUGGAGGUCAGAGGACAACUUGCAGGACCUGGCUCUCUCCUUCCAACCUGUGAGUCUUGGGAAUCAAACUGACAACCUCAGGCCCGGCAGCCUUUACCCACUGAGCCAUCUCAUCUGCCUGUCUUCUUUUGAUAAUAAUUAUUAUUAUAACUGUUUGUGUAUAGGAUGGAUAAGAACAGAAAUAAGAAUAGUACACACUUAAAUACCAAUAAAGUCCACUGUCUUACUGUCUCACUUAGGGUUUCUGUUGCUUCUGAUGAACAAAUGAACAAAACGCAGCUUGGGGAAGAAAAGGUUUAUUCGGCUUACAUUUCUACAUUGCUGUCCAUCAUUAAAGGAAGUCAGGACAGGGCCACACACAGGGCAGGAUCCCGGAGGCAGGAGCUGAUGCAGAGGCCAUGGAGGGGUGCUGCUUGCUGGCUUGCUCCCCCUGGCUUGCUCAGCUUGCUUUCUUAUAGAACCCGAACCACCAGUCCAGGGAUGGCACCACUCACAGUGGGCUGGGCCCUUCCCUAUUAGUCACUAAUUGACAAAAUGCCUUACAGCUGGAUCUCAAGGAGACAUUUCCUCAACUGAGGCAUCUUCCUCUUUGAUGACUCUAGCUUGUGUCACGUUGACACACAAAACUAGCCAGUACAUUUACUGUAAUCCUAGAAAACGGCAUUAAUUAAGCCUAUCAUCACUUAUUGUCUGCCUGCCAUAUUUCCCCCCCCGAUAUUUUCUUACUGUCGAACAAUUUCAUUUCUACUCAACUGACAGUUUUUCAAUAUUUUCUCUUGCAAAAUCUCCAGAGAAUUUAGCCUUUUAAAAAAAUAACAGGAUAAGUGAAAUGAAAAAAAAAAAAAAACUUACGGCAGCUGUUUAGGAAAUCUUUUCAUACUAGGCAUGGUGGUGCCUGCUCUUAGGAAACUGAGACAGGAGGAUCUGGAAUUCAGGACCAGCCUGCAUAGCGGGGGGGGGGGGGGAUCAGCAAAAACAGUUAAUGCUUCAAAAAAGAUGUUUAAGAAGAGCCAGUACACGAGAAAUCUCAAAAUACCCUACAGGUGCUGCAGAUCCAGUAAAGAAAAUGAGUGAGGUUCUCCCGAAGUGUGAGGGGCUGCAGAGAAUGUCCCAUCUGUAAGCACUUGAGGUGACGGGUAGGACUUGAGUUUGCGUCUCAGAGCCUACAUUCCUAUGUAUCCCAUGCUGGCCUAGAACUCACAAUUCUCCUGUCUCAGCCUCAAGAGUGCUGGGACUAGGUAGGUGCCACCAUUUCCAGCUCCCGUUCAUUUCUUUUUUGGGCCAUGUAUGUGUGUGUGUGUGUGUGUGUGUGUGUGUGUGUGUGGUUUUGCAUGUAUGUGUGGGCACGUCCACACGUGUGCCCAUGCAUGUAAGAGGCCAGAAAGUCAUCCUUCUCUUUUGCACUCUGUUCAUCAAGACACGGUCUCUAAAACCCAGGACUCACUCACAGGCCAGCUGGCUCAGGAGAAUCCCACCUCUGCCUUACCAAGACUGGAAUUACAGAUGGCUAUCGUGCCUGCCCAGUGUUCAUGUGGGGAUCUAAACUCCAGUCUUCAUGCUUGGCCAGGCACUUAAUACUGAGCCAUAUCUCUAGCUCCUCUUUAAAAUUUCUUGAUAGAACCCUGGGGCCUUGUGCAUGCCAAGCAAGUGAUCUAACCCGGAGCUGCACCCAGGCCCCUCAUCUAGUUUUAAACAAAGGGGAUUUUGUAAAAAUCAGAAUGCAAAGUGUCACCGAGUGAGGAGUAAAGACUGUUCCUGCUGAUGGCUGGGACUGGCACCUCUCUGCACCACAUCAACGCGUUGGUCUGUGUCCUGAGACGCCAGAGUCCAUCUACCGCCGUGGAGCCAGAAGAUGGAGGAAGCUGUACCGAGCCAACGGCCACCUCUUCCAAGCCAAGCGCUUUAACAGGGGAGCGUACUGCGGCCAGUGCAGCGAAAGGAUAUGGGGUCUCUCGAGGCAGGGCUACAGGUGCAUCAACUGCAAGCUGCUGGUCCAUAAACGCUGCCACGUCCUCGUCCCGCUGACCUGCAGGAGGCAUAUGGAUUCUGUCAUGCCUUCCCAAGAGCCUCCAGUAGAUGACAAGAACGAUGGUGUAGACCUUCCUUCAGAAGAAACUGAUGGAAUUGCUUAUAUUUCUUCAUCUCGGAAACAUGAUAAUAUCAAAGAUGAUUCUGAGGACCUUAAGCCUGUCAUCGAUGGGGUGGAUGGGAUCAAAAUCUCUCAGGGGCUGGGGCUGCAAGACUUCGACCUCAUCAGAGUCAUCGGGCGUGGAAGCUAUGCCAAGGUCCUCCUGGUGCGGUUGAAGAAAAACGACCAGAUUUACGCCAUGAAGGUGGUAAAGAAGGAGCUUGUCCACGACGACGAGGAUAUCGACUGGGUGCAGACAGAGAAACAUGUGUUUGAGCAGGCGUCCAGCAACCCCUUCCUGGUUGGCUUACACUCCUGCUUCCAGACAACGAGCCGGUUGUUCCUGGUCAUCGAGUAUGUCAAUGGCGGGGACCUCAUGUUCCACAUGCAGAGGCAGAGAAAACUUCCAGAGGAGCAUGCCAGGUUCUAUGCUGCUGAGAUCUGUAUCGCUCUCAACUUCUUGCAUGAGAGGGGGAUCAUCUACCGGGACCUAAAACUGGACAACGUCCUCCUUGAUGCCGACGGACACAUUAAGCUGACGGACUACGGCAUGUGCAAGGAAGGUCUAGGCCCCGGUGAUACAACAAGCACUUUUUGUGGAACCCCGAACUAUAUCGCCCCCGAAAUCCUGCGAGGAGAAGAGUACGGGUUCAGCGUGGACUGGUGGGCACUGGGUGUCCUUAUGUUUGAGAUGAUGGCUGGGCGCUCCCCCUUUGACAUCAUCACGGACAACCCUGACAUGAACACUGAAGACUACCUUUUCCAAGUUAUCCUGGAAAAGCCAAUCCGGAUUCCCCGUUUCCUGUCUGUCAAGGCCUCACACGUCUUAAAAGGAUUUUUAAAUAAGGAUCCCAAAGAGAGGCUUGGCUGCCGGCCACAGACUGGGUUUUCCGACAUCAAGUCUCAUGCUUUCUUCCGCAGCAUAGACUGGGACCUGCUGGAAAAGAAGCAGACCCUGCCUCCCUUCCAGCCCCAGAUCACAGAUGACUAUGGCCUGGACAACUUUGACACGCAGUUCACCAGCGAGCCUGUGCAGCUGACCCCAGAUGAUGAGGACGUCAUAAAGAGGAUCGACCAGUCCGAAUUUGAAGGCUUUGAGUACAUCAACCCACUUCUGCUGUCUGCUGAGGAGUCCGUGUGAGGCCAUGAGCAUCUCUGUUGUGGACACGCCUGUGAAUGACCCUGUCACUUUACCCUUAACUACAGCAUAUGCAUGCCAGGCCGGGCACCGAGGCUCCAAGCAGCCAGGGAGGGAUGCUGGCCACCAAGACCGAAGAGGGGCGUCCAACAGGCACUUCUAGACAGAGCAAUCUCUUGUGUCCAGGCCCCAGAGGCUGGCUUUGUGCUGGAGGAACCGCUUCCUGUGCACAGAGGCCCUACCGGAGGGUGAGACAGCCAGCCACGCCGUUUGGAAAGGUGCACAUCUUCCACAGAAACAGAACUCGAUGCACUGACCCGCUCCAGGAAAAGUUAGCGUGUAAUGCCCUGAGGAAUAAAGUGUACCGAUGAUGUCGAAGCUUCCUCUGAUGCCUUUUUUCUGUGGCACCCGCCUGAUGUCCCCAGCGCAGCCCCCACAUGAGGAGGAGCUGCGCUUUCUGAGCAGUCAGGACGUAGGCAGGGGACAGGCACCCAAGUGCCUGCAGGGAUGCGCUGCAACAAGAAUUGUUACAGAUUCGGAACGUUUUCUAAAUCCCGGUAAGUUCUGUUGUUAAUAUUUAACAAGUAUUUUCAUACCUAGCACAGCUAGCCAUGGUAGGCCAAGGCCGAAGGGACACCCUUACCAGGUUGGUGGCACUGUUCCCACCAACUGUUUGGACUCUGAUGGGGAAAAUUGGAUCAUAGAGAUUCUAAAACAUUGCUCACCAAAGCAUCAGUAAACCAAAUAAAUAGGUAAAUAAAUAAAAAGGGAAAAUAAUUGAAAACUAAAUCCGCACAAAAUAUAUUUCUGAAAACACUAGCCAGUGCCUCCAAGACAUCUUGUGUUAUACAUUAGAUUUUUUGGAAAAUAUUUUUAUCAUUAAUACUCCAGAUUAGGAAAUUUAAAGACAACGUGUGUGAUGGACCCUAGCCUUAAAGUGACAGACUACCCAUAAUCUCACACUCUUCCUGAGGAAGCACGCCUGCUUCCAUAACUGCUGUGCUCAGCCAUCCUCCUCUCCAGCUUAGUUCCAAAGGCCAGCCCAAGGCUUUCUGGGAAGAGGUCAGCUAACGUUACCCUUAGCAGGUCGGGUGUGGCCAUGGCUUACCCACCUUUGUCGUGGGCAGGAGAUGGAGAAGGCACACCGCAGUGACUGAGCACCCCAGACCCACCCAAGCCAGGCUGGCCCAUAUGGCAAACAUGCUACACACCCCCCCAACCCUGCCAGGUUGAGACCCUCAGUCUCCACGUCAGGGCAGAGUGGAGUCUAGGCUCCGGUCAUAUUUGCUUCAUGCCUUGGGGUUGGUGGUCCUGACAAAGAUCAGAGUUGGAGAAAAUGAAAAUCUUAGAGGCGCUGUUACGGUGCUGCCCUGCUUCUCCGUGACGCCCAGUGGCCACCCACAGCCCUCACCCCAAAACACUCAGGUUUCUCAGGCCAUCGCCAUGUCUGGCACUGAAACGUGUCAGAGCCACACCCAGAUCCAUGGUGCUGGGACAGAACAGGCAGCCCAGGUUUCUGACACCAUAUCCCAAGUCCAGGCUUCUGGGUGGCUCUGUGUCUCCUAUUGAUCAUGGACACAUUUUAGCCAGCACUCCCUGUGUCCAUUGGUAAGAUAUGUCCCCAACUAGUCAAAAAAUGCAAAUAGAGCCUAAGAGCCGAUUUUUGGGCCUCCCAGGAGUACCCAGCCCAGCCUGGGGGCCUUCCAGGGGUACUUAGCCUAGUCUGGGGGUCCAAGUGGCUGGAGCCCCAGUCUGAGGCCUGUGUAGUCACAGCUGCCCAUGAGUUGAGCUGCUAAGAUAAAGAGCCCGCAGAUGAUCCAAAUGCAAACGGGCUCCUGCGAGCCUCCUUUCCUCCCAGUGUGCUGCCUAGGGACAGCAACAACUGCUUUGCCCAAGCAGCACUGGAACCCUGGAUUGUUAGACAUGGGGGCUUAUUUGGAUACUGCCCUAUUGCCAAAUGACUUGCUGGUUACUGGUUCGGCUGCUCAUGUACAAAUGUGUGAAUAAUAUUGUGCCCACCAGAGGGGGAGAUUUUUAUAUAUAGCAAUUUGUUUUAUAAAUUAAAGAAAGUGAAGGAUGUAUUGAAAUGUGACUACUGGGGGGGGGGUGGGAAACACCCUAAAGUUUGCAAAUGGCUCUGGGCAAGAAAGCGUGUGUUCUCAGACACUGGUGACUUCAUGAUUGUAACUCGGUAACCAUGUGGUUUUGUACAAUUGAUCAGUGGAGCCCAUCGCCGGCCGGCAUUCCUUCUGUGGGCGAUAUCUUCGCCCUCCACGGCCAAGGUCGUUCUUACUCUUGCACAUCCAUUAAAGACUUUGAUGAAAA